AUGUCUGCCAACUUGAGCCACAGCAUUCUAAACAACUCCACUCAGGGGGGAGAAGCGUGGAUGGUAGGCUUGGGCAUCGUCAUGUCAACUAUAGUCCUGGCUACUGUCUUCGGCAACGUGCUGGUCAUCACAGCCAUAGCCAGGUUCCAGCGUUUGCAGACUGUCACUAACUACUUCAUCACAUCACUGGCUUGUGCUGACCUGGUUAUGGGAUUGGCGGUGGUGCCCUUUGGUGCCAGUCACAUCCUCAUGAACAUGUGGACCUUUGGGAACUUUUGGUGUGAGUUCUGGACUUCCAUCGAUGUUCUGUGUGUCACAGCCAGCAUCGAGACCCUCUGUGUUAUUGCUGUGGACCGCUACUUUGCCAUCACGGCACCCUUUCGGUACCAGAGCAUGCUUACCAAGGGCAAGGCCAGAGUGGUCAUCUUAGUGGUCUGGGUGGUAUCGGGUCUCACCUCCUUCCUGCCCAUUCAGAUGCACUGGUAUCGGGCCAGUCACAAGGAAGCUCUCAUGUGUUAUGAGAAGGAGACCUGCUGUGACUUUUUCACUAACCAGGCUUAUGCCAUCGCUUCCUCCAUCGUGUCCUUCUACCUGCCUCUGGUGGUCAUGGUAUUUGUGUACUCUCGGGUCUUUCAGGUGGCCAAAAAGCAACUUCAAAAGAUAGAUAAAUCGGAGGGCCGCUUUCAUGUCCAGAACAGCAGCCAGAUGGAACAGAAUGGAAGGACAAGUCACCGAAGGUCUUCCAAGUUCUGUUUGAAAGAGCAUAAAGCUCUUAAGACCUUAGGCAUCAUCAUGGGGACCUUUACUCUCUGUUGGCUGCCUUUCUUCAUUGUCAACAUUGUCCAUGUGAUACAGGACAACAUGGUCCCCAAAUAUGUGUACAUUUUUUUGAACUGGGUGGGCUAUGCCAACUCAGCCUUCAACCCACUGAUCUACUGUCGGAGUCCUGACUUCAGGUAUGCCUUUCAGGAGCUCCUCUGUUUCAGGAGGUCAGCCCUGAAGCUCUAUGGCAAUGGCUACUCCAGCAACAGCAAUGGGAGGAGUGAGCACAAUGGGGAGCAUGGUAGCUGUCCCCCUGAGCAGGAGAAGGAGAUUGAGCUGCUGUAUGAAGAUCUUCCAGGCACUGAGGGCUUUUUAAACUGUGCAGGUACUGUGCCUAAUGCUAGCGCCGACUUAGAGGGCCAGGAUCAGACUCUGGAUGAUACCCCCUUGUGACUGUCUCUCUGAUUGGUAAAAACCCUCAGCAAACCAAGCAAGGUGGGGAAAAAGAAAGAAACAAUUUUUAAAAAGAACAACAACUGCCAAAAACAAACAAACCCCAAAACAACAACCCUUCACAAACCCAUAAACACUAAGCCUUCUCUUUAAUUCUUGAGCUAGAAAUGUCUAGUCAUCCUGGAGAGAGAUGGGCAAGAGGGAGGAGGACAGUUUUAGUCUAUUUAUUGUUUAAAUUAUCAGGAAACAAAACAACUCAUGCACUGAUUCUAGGGAUUCCUCAUUUCUGUAACAGUUGGGUUCUGCCUGGAAUGGAGUUUGGAAGUGUAUCUCCCACUUCAAGGAGCUUGGGCCUUGAGGGCCUGGGUCUAGUUUCGAUGGUUUUCUCAUAGAUCUACCUCACUUUUCAAGUAUUAGGGUUAGCAUACUUCUACUUGGGACAUCUCUCUGGAGAAGCAGGCCUUCCCCUUGGGCCUCAUGGAUGCUCCAGCUGGACCUGGCUGUCAAUGUGGAUUCGUCUCCUCCUCUUAUUUGCUCACAUGGGCUGUUGGAGGCAGGGACACAGAGGGGGCAGCUUCUGCUGUUGAAUGAGCAAAGUCUAAAGUUUACAGUAAAUAAAUUGUUUUGCUGUGACAUCAUUGCACCUGUUUGUCCAAAAUCCCCAGCGGAGCAUUCUUGUUGGAAACCACAGGCUGAUGAGGAUGGAAAGCAGACUUUGGCCAGGACGUCAUUGGGAAAUUGCUCAAAAGUCAGAGGAAAAGAGUAUAACUCAGGGGAAUGAUCUUCAAAAGGCAAGAACAAUCUUUCCUGUAAACAGAGAGCCUGCUACUACCCCAG